CACCGCCAUCACUCUUUUGCUCUGUUGUAAAACAUGACCGCUUCUGUUUUGGUACGAAGGUUAGCAGCUCUGUCAGGGGCUUCGGCGGUGGGAGCCGGGGCUUACGGAGCACACGGUUUCAAAAACAAUGACCCGGACGACUAUCAGAGAGUGCUAUAUGAAACUGCCAACAAAUACCAUUUCUACCACAGCCUGGCUCUUCUUGGUGCGGCCCACUGUGGCAAACCUGUUUUGGCCGGUACCAUCCUGAUCGCAGGCAUGGGGAUGUUCUGCGGACCUCUUUACCACCAGGCUCUAACAGGGGACCCUAGCUUAAGCAAAAUGGCUCCCAUGGGUGGUGUAGCUAUGAUUGCUGGCUGGCUGGCCAUGAUUCUCUGAACUGUGACCACUCGCAUCUUCUCCACAGGGCCACCAAGUGACACCAAACUGUCAGACCUCUAAUAGAUGGACUGAAGAGCUUGUAGGAGUUUGCUGCAGGGUAGUGCUGCGUUGUAAUGUCACCCAUCCAACUUCUGCCUGCCUCUGGGAUGUGGAUGUCAGCAGGGGAUAAGGUCGCAACAGGAUUAUUACUUCUCUGCCACUGCUGUCUGUCUCUGACUGGUGCCCUUUGAUUUUUAUGUUCAACUGGAUGAAGAAAUUAAUGCAGUUUUGGAAUUUUCUAACACCAACAUGUUAUGGGAUUUUUCUUUUAUCAUGUCAGCAGCGGCACAUGUUUAUGCUGCUGCUGACAUGUUUGUUAUCAAGCUUUGGAUGAAUUCUGAAGAAAUUUUGCAUUUAGUAUUGAAUGCUUGUUGUCAAAUGAAGAAACCAACCUAAGGACUGAAUGAUCAUUUGUCAGAUCAAUGUACCAUUCUCAUUAUUUCUGUUUUGACCACUGGUGAAGAAAUGGGACUUCUUGUGAUCAUUGGAAAUAAAUGAAUUAAAAUUGUAUUCAAGUC